CUUCACUCGUUCUUUGCCAUUGAGCAAUCGCUUUUAUCCACCUACAGUGCAUCCACCCUUCGCCGAGCUCUCACAGCUUGCACCUCUUUCAUCAGCCAGCACUUUACUGCUAAACACCCCCACGCACCAAGAUGGCCCCGUUCAACACCACCCUCGUCUCGAGCCCCGCCCCCGCUUCGUCCUCGGCCGUCGCCCUCCCUUCGUCUCCGACUGCCCUGACUGAUCACUUCUCCAACUUUGCCGGGUGCACAUACUUCCCUCAGCCGUGGAAGGCCAAGUCCGUCCCGCAGGCUUUCUGGCCACCCAAGGUCCCCCGCGGUCCCGGCAACGCCCGCGCCUGCAUCGUCUACCCGAACUACUUUAUGGACGAGUGCUGCGGCUACCUGCGCAGGGAGUCCCUCUGCGGCUGGACGGCGUGUAUUGGCGGCAUGACCGACAAGCAGUACUCCGCCUGCUUUGAGCGCCUGGCCAUCCGUGACGGGCUCGUCGAUUCGGGCGACUACUACCACUCGUAUGACCCCUCUGACGGGGACAACGAGGACACCGAGGACGAAGAGUACCAAGAGGAUGGCGAGUACGACGACGGGAGCUACAAAGUCGACGCCAACGGAUGGAACGUCGAGUACCGCAAGAAUGUGACCCGGCGUGGGCCUCCGUAUGAGUGGACGUGUGCUCGCGCCUCGGCCAAGUAUGGCGCAAAGCGCGCCGUCCUCAGCGUCGUGGGGCUGGCUGUGGCAGUCUCUGUUCUCGUGACGGGCCUUUGAUGUGGUGUCCGCAUUCAUACUCACGCAAAACGGGUCGACUUAUGAAAGACGCUGGAUAUCGAUAGCGAUCCUAUGUUCGACUGUGAUGAAUAUAGAAGCAAUGGAAAGUUCUAACUCACGCUCAGAGGAAGGGGCGUGGAGACAUGAGUGACAGUGAG